CCAGCAUCUUCAGCAUCAUGAGCGAACACACCCUGGAUUGGCUCCGAGAGAAGGUCAUCGGAUGGAGUCACACGCCUCCUGUGAACAAGAUCGAUACUCACCACCAUUGCGUCCCGCCGUUCUAUGCCAAAGGUAAGCUACCUACCCCUGUCAAGGUUCUGGUCGAUCAAUUAAUUCCACACAGCGGUUGAAGAACAAGGGGGCGAUCCCAGCGGCUGGCCUACUCCCCAGUGGAACCCACUGGCUUCCAAGCUGCUGAUGAAGCGCGUUGGCGUGCAGACCGCAGUGCUCUCGGUGACGGCUCCUGGCGCCUGUAUCCUGCCCGAUCGUCAAAAGCGCGCCCAACUCGCGAGGCAGCUGAAUGAAUAUUCUGCGGAUCUGCGAGAUAAGGAGCCUGAUAAAUUCGCCUUUUUUGUAUCAUUGCCCAACAUUCUAGACACGGAGGAUGCCCUGGCAGAGAUCGCCUACGGGCUGGACACCUUGCAUGCUGACGGGGUCACCCUUUUCACUCGCUACGGUGGCUCCAACACCUACCUGGGCCAUCGUGAUGUCGAGCCCAUCUGGGCGGAGCUGAACAGACGCGGCUGCGUUGUGUUCAUCCAUCCCACCCACCCGGUGGACACCGACCCUGUCAACUCGAAGCUCCCACAGCCAUCCAUUGACUACCCGCAUGAAACAACCCGCACAGCAAUGGAUAUGAUAGUGAGCGGAACCCGGCUCAAGUACCCUGCCUGCAAAGUCAUACUCUCGCACGCUGGUGGAACGCUCCCAUACAUAAUCUCUCGGGUCACAACACCGAUGAAAAAGGCGCCUGAUUUUGCGGUCUCGCACCGCAUCGGCACAACCCAUGACAAGGCCCUAGAGGCGUUCCGCAGCUUUCACUUCGAUUUGGCGCUGAGUUCAUCCUCGCAGGUCCUGGAUAUGCUGUUGAAGAUGGUCCCGCCCGACCAUAUCUUAUACGGUAGCGAUUUCCCGUAUGCGCCGAUUCCGGCCUAUCCGGCGUUCCUGGAGGAGCUCGAGAAGUAUGCCAUGGAUUCGGAGAUGAGGAAUAUGAUUAAUUACGGAAAUGCACUGAAGCUUUUCCCACAGUUGGCGAAGCGGAGGGGUGGCAGUCGAUAGCUCCGUGGGAGAUCAGAUGGGAUCUUUCAAUAAAUCGGUCUGAUUUUCCUGCAAACAUCUAGUUAGCUUAUAAGGCAAUUCAGAUUUAUG